AUGAGUGGCCCAUACAUUUCUCAUUCCUCCCACACUCACACCCACACGCCCAUACAUUCCUCAUUCCUCAAACACUCACGCCCACAAGCCCACAGAUUCCCCAUACCUCCCACACUCAUCACUCCCACACGCCCACAGCUACGCCUGGCCGCCCUCAACCAGCCGUACAACGGAGACAUGAGGGGCGUGACAGGCGUGGACUACACCUGCUAUCGUGAGGCGCGGCGGGCGGGGCUGAGCGAAACCUUCAGGGCUCUCCUCACCUCCAGGAUCCAGAACCUUGACUCUAUUGUUAGGAGAGACGACGCUAACUUACCUGUCGUCAAUAUUAAGGGGGAGGUUCUCUUCAACACCUGGCGCGGGAUAUUCUCAGGUGAUGGCGGUCGCUUCAUGCAGAAACCGAGAAUAUUCAGCUUCGAUGGCAAGGAAGUACUGACGAGCCCUGAGUGGUUGACUUUUGAGGGACGUGAAUCGCAUCUCCACCCAGGCAGGAACAAGGAGGCGGAGUUUGAAUCGCGCUGUGGCCACUCUCACUCUGUCACUGUUACACCAAGGCAGCCAGCACCACCUCCACCGCCACUCUGA